AUGGGUAUCGUGGAGAAAUUCCUUCCUAAAGAUGACCGCUUUGCGGCCUUGCUUCUCUACGGCAUGGUCUUUUCGACUUGCUUCAACGGCUAUGAUGCAGGAAUUAUGACAGUCAUUCUGGCUGAUAAGCAGUUUAUCGAUGGUCUCGGAUUUGGCUGUGUCUACAUUGCCACAAACCUCUACGUCGCCGAAUGCGCACCCACAAAAUUACGAGGCAGUUUUGUCGGCACCGUCUCCCAGUUCGGAUACCAGUUAGGAACACUGAUAGCAUUCUGGGCCGGCUACGGAAUGUCCUUUCACAAAUCGCCCUAUAACAUCGCCUGGCGAGUCUCAAAUCUCAUUCAGAUCCCGAUUGGUCUUGCCUUUAUCUUUGUUUCAUUUUGGUACCCGGAAAGUCCUCGCUUCAUGCUGGAGAAAUACCCCGAAACGCCUGAGCUGUGUCUGAAGGUUCUUUGUCGGCUUCGGUCCGGCGUGCCUUCGGAUGAACGAAUUCGCGUCGAGUUCCAUGAGCUGAUUGUCUCGCGGGACUUUCGGAAGAGAUAUGAGACGGGGUAUAUUGGGUUACUCAAGAAUAAGAGUAUGCGGAAGCGUCUUGCUUUUGGGUUUUAUGCUGCGGGUCUUCAACAGUGCGGUGGAAUUGCUGCAUUGACUAUGUACGCCACUCUCAUUUACCAAAGUCUCGGAUGGGACUCCGGGUCCCAGGCCCUAUCUAUCAACGGGAUCCAGGCCGUUCUUCAACUUCUCAUUGUUUUGGUCAAUACUUUUACUGUCGAGCGCUUUGGGAGGAGAGGUCUUCUUCUCGCUGGAUUUUCCAUCCAAGCUCUCGCUCUUUUGAUCAUGUCUUGCCUUACGACCGCCUUCCCUUCGAAUUCGAAUAAAGCUGCUGCUAUUGUUGAAGUGGCAAUGCUGUUCAUUGUUGGCCUUACUUAUUGCUGGUCUAAUGGGCCUAUUGCUGCUGCGGUUGUUGCGGAGAUAUUCCCCCAGCAUGUUCGCGAUAAGGGAUUUGGUCUGUCAAUGCUUGGACAAACAUGCUGGUUGAUUCUAUUGACUCAAUCUUGGCCUUCUUUUAAUGCCAAGGUCGGAGGUCAUAGCUACUGGCUGUUAUUUGGUCUUAAUGUUGCGGCGGGUGUAUCUGUUUACUUUAUCCUCCCAGAAACAAAAGGUGUAUCAUUGGAACGAAUGGAGAGGAUUUUCGGUGAUGUGGACUUCGUUGAGGCGGGAGAGUGCGAAGGUGGUUCUGAGAAAGUUGAAGCCAGGACAGUCGCGGGCGAAGAGAACAAAACUCCCACCGCGCACAUGGAAAAUGUGCCACAGAAGCAGGAGUCGCUGCCUGUCAGAUCAUCUGUCUAA